CCCACCGAUUGCAGAAAUGUCAAAACUUUGUUUGGCAAAAUAAAUCGUCCAUUAUGUGGCUCGUGCGUAAAUUUCGCGUUUUGCUAAAAAUCAUUCAAUUUUGAUUGCUAAGAAGUAAAAUUAUAACGAUUUGUGCAUUCGGUUCGUGAUACGGAUAUUUCUGAUUCGGGCUAGUGACCCAUCUUGAGCGUAAUGUCCAACCACUACGAUAUACCUUCUUGGGCCGGCAAGCCGCCCACGGGCUUACAUCUGGAUGUGAUGAAGGAAGACAAACUGGUCCAGAAACUGAUGAUUGAUGAGAAGAAAUGCUAUCUCUUCGGUCGGAAUCCACAGAUGAACGAUUUCUGUAUUGAUCAUGCGUCCUGCUCCCGGGUUCACGCCGCAUUUGUCUACCACAAACAUUUGAACAUUGCGUAUUUGGUGGAUUUGGGCUCAACUCAUGGAACGUUUAUCGGUUCCGUUCGGCUAGAACCUCACAAACCCACCCAGUUGCAAAUUAACUCGACGUUUCAUUUCGGGGCCUCCACCAGGCACUAUAUGCUCCGAGAGCGGCCUAAUGUCCGGUCGAACAUUAUGGAAGACAUCCCGAUGAUGGACACCAGCGAUGGAACCUAUCUGGGUCUUCCCGAGAGCCAAACCGAGCUUGAUAAUUUGACUGAGUACAAUACCGCUCACAAUCGAAGGAUUUCAAUGCUUGGUAUCUCGGACGAGACGAGUAGCUUUAAGAAGAAUAUGAAGAACAAACGGAAAAGGAAAGGCGUCCAGUUUAACGAGGAUGAAAUCGUUAUCAAUCCCGAAGACAUCGAUCCGAGCAUAGGACGAUUCCGCAACCUCGUGUCGUCCACAGUUGUUCCCGUACAAGCAAAACGUGCGAAGCUCGAGGUUCACACAAUGGGUCUCUCUACGUCACCUUCCUCCAGCAAAUCCCUUCAUCACCCACACAGUUUGGUACCGAGCUUAUACCACGGAAUCGACGACCAAACGCACGACGGCCGCGUACCGCCCGGUAAUGGUACCGGAUACGGCUUCGGUAUGGACACUACACCCAGUGGACUCACAACUAAACUGGGUAUCAUUCUUCCGAAUCCAGCACCGGAUGUGAAUCCGGCCAGUUCCAGUACAGCUUUGAUGCCUCCUCCCAUCUAUAGCAGUAUGGCUCCAAAAAGUGUUAAAAUUGUCGACAAACCGGACGUUUCGGAUGAACCCAAAAAGAAGAAAUACGCCAAGGAGCAGUGGCCUGGAAGAAAACCUCUUGGUUUGGGAGGAUUCUAAAGAGUUUCAUACAAAUGUAACCGUAUACACUUAUCUACUAUUAGUGUGACGUUUUUGGUAAGUUGAUAAAUUUGCCAAAUUUCAAUAACCAGCAUAAUAAUCGAACGUUAAUGUAGAAGCGAA